AGAGUUGUCAAACGUGGGGCUCACUGAUGGCGGCGUUCCCUCAGAGCUCUUCACUCUUACAGACCUCACCCGUGUAAUCAUAAGGGACAACGGUUACCAGCCUUUUUCUAUUUCAGAGCCCAUCAGUCAGCUAAUCAACCUUGCUGAGCUAGAGUUGUCCAACGUUGAGCUCACUGACAGCGUUCCGCCAGCGCUCAUCACUCUGACACACCUCACCCGCAUAAUCAUAAGAGGCAACAGUGAAUAUUACCAGUCUUACUACUCCCAGUCUUUCUCUUUAACGCAGUCCAUCACUCAGCUAGCCAACCUUGCUGAUCUAGAGUUGUCCAGCAUUGACCUCACUGACAGCAUCCCUUCAGAGCUCUUCACUCUUACACACCUCACCCGCGUAGUCAUAAGGACCGAAGACUACUCGUCUUUUUCUUUUCCAGCGUCCAUCAGUCAGCUCACCAACCUUGUUGAACUUGAGUUGGCAAGGCUGGAUCUCACUGGGGGCAUACCGUCAGCGCUCUUCGACCUCACACACCUCACCCGCAUACGCAUAGAGGGACACUUUGAUGAGUUUGGUUCAAUUCCACAGUCCGUCAGUCAGCUUACCAGCCUCGUUGAGAUAGACUUGUCAAAAGGUAUUUUCACUGGUGGCAUACCUUCGGAGCUCUUCAACCUUGGGGAUCUCACCAGCAUUGUGUUUCUCGACUCACGCCUGUCGGGGUCACUACCUGCAGCCUUAUCCAUGAUGACACAGCUCAAGCAUCUGGAUCUCCGGUACAAUAAUUUCUUCGGCCCUUUUCCUGACGUCAAACGCUUGGAUCAGCUGAGUUACUUAGACAUCGCUCACAACUUCUUUGCGGGAAAGAUCCCAACAACGGAUACCAUGAGCGGCUUGGAAUAUUUCAACCUAAAGUUCAACUACUUCACAUCUGGGACCAUUGGGGAUCACAUCUGUAAUCAGGCCGAGGUGUCGGUCGCUAGCAAUUGCUUGGACCCGGACAGUGUGCUGUGCCAGCUGGACGAAUCGCAGCUACAGGAUUGUUAUAUCUUCUGCGGGAUGGAUGCGCCCUCCUCCAUCCCCCUGUGACGGACAUGGGUACUGCUAUGGAGAGAACUUGAAUAUACCGUGGGGGGAGCAGGGCGAGAUGCAGUGCCAGUGCGCGGGUGGUUACACGCACGGUUCGUCAAGCACGUCCUGCGUCUCCACGCUGCAGAGCUCUCAGGUUGAGGUGCUGAACGGCCUGCUGCAGCUCUGGGGCUCAGCGCCUAACAGCGUGUGGCAGUCCGAAACCAUUGACUCCCUCAAAGAGCGCUUCGCCUCAAUCGAUGGCGAGAAUUUUAUUGUUAAGCUUGACUUAUCCAGUCAAACCCUGAGUGGAACCAUCCCAUCCAUUUUGACAGCGCUCUCUCGCCUCACGCAUCU